AUGCACGGGCACCACACGGUGCUUCUAGAAGCGCGCAAGGGGCCGGAUUUUGAAUACAGCAGCGGGUACCUGGCACGAGUGUUAGUCGACGGGAAACUCGUUCAAGUUAAGGCGCCUGGAACGUCGCUGACUCUUUGGGAAGGAGCUACACUCACCUGGGUCUACGCGCGGCAGCAAAACGGAGACGACUAUGUCGAUGUUUUCGAUCUUGCGGUGGACGGUGUGGCGACGAUUCGGCUGACUUUGCGGCCAGAGGUGGAGACAUGGAGAACGCCGAAAGACGGCACGGUGCAUUUCGGUCUGGAGGUGUUGAACGCGCAUUUCUCCCCCGCCGUGCAUGGCGUCCUCGGUCAAACAUACCGCCAGGACUUCGCCGGAAGACUUGCUGAGCAAAAGCUGGAGUGGAGCGACCUUCUCCAAGUGAUGGCUGUUCAAGGUGACAAUGCCGAGGGGUUCUUGUACGGAGGAGUUGACGACUACCAGGUGUCGGGCCUUCUGAAAUCGGAUUGUAAGAUGUGCACGUUUACCCGAGCGGAGACUGUUGACAAAGAGACCACCAUUGCGCUGGCAAUGAUGGGAGGUGUUUCAGGAGGUGGUAUUUCUGCCACCACUCCAAGGAAAGCGCUCAAACCUAUCGCUGUUGCUUCUGGGGAUGCGUCCAGUUAA